AUGGAGGUGGCGGUGGUGGGCGCCGUGGUGGGCGCCGUGGUGACCAACCUCGUGUCCAAGCUCUCGGCGGUGAUAGACAAGAGAUUCAGCGAGUUCGGUGACCUUGAAGACGACAUCAGGUAUCUGAAAACCGAGCUCGCCAUUAUUGCUGCUAAAAUCGACGACCAGCACAAGGGGCAGCAGCCUAGUGUCUUGCAGAACAUAUCCACCGCAGACAUGCGCGAUUUGGCAUUCGACAUCGAGGAUUGCCUCGACCAGUUCCUUCCCUGUGCCGCGUGCAAGCGAGGGGCCGUGUCAAAAGGCGACUUAGUGGACUUUGCCAUUCAGGUUGGGAAACUCAAGAAGCGGCUGGAGAGGGCCAAGCAGCAGAGAACCGAUAAUGGUGCCAACGGCAGCCAGCAAGCCAUCGACCUUGCUGACCAAUUGCUUGCUAUUCUAGCUGAGCCUGCAGAUCAGGUGGGCAUCGAGGAACCCAAGCAGGAGAUCCUGGGUUUGCUCGGUAGUGAGAAGCUCCUGGUGAUAUCCAUCGUCGGGUUUGGCGGCUCGGGCAAGACCCAACUCGCAAGGGCGGUGUUCGACUGCGAUGAAGCCAAAGAGAAGUUCGGUGCCCGUGCCUGGCAUACGGCAUCGGAGCACAAAGAUGGGCUUGAGCUCUUGCUCGCGAUACUGCAGAAACUUUUUCCAAAAGAAACUCUACUAUCCGUGUCACAAAUGCAAAGUCAAGUCUCGAGGUUGCAACAACGUAUCAGAUUUGAAAAGACCAGGUGUUUAAUUGUAGUUGAUGAUAUCGAGAAGCAUCAUUGGGAAGCAAUAAAGAGUUUCUUUUCUGAGACAAGGAUAAUCAGAAUACUAGUGACCACAACUGUGCAGACAGUAGCCAAAGCAUGCACCAAAGAUCACGGUUAUAUUUACAAUAUGAGAACUCUUAGUGUAGGAGACUCUAAGGAUUUACUAAAGAAGUGGGUUGGUGAUUUCAAUAGAAAUUCAACUGACUUGGAGGAUGGUUCAGCUGCAAUUGUUCGCAAAUGCCAUGGCCAUCCACUAGCUCUCAUCAGUGUGGCCAACUAUUUGUUACAACAAGAGCAGAUUACAGGAGCAGUCUGCCAAAAUACCAGCAGGCUCCUAUGUACUCAUAUGGACGAGAACAAGCAUGGAGACUUCACAAAACUUCGACAGAUUCUGGUGAAUAAUUAUAUCAAUUUGCCUUUCCAUCUCAAGACAUGUUUGCUGUACACAAGUUUAUUCCCAAAUGAUCGUCCUGUCAGCACGAAAACUCUUACCAGCCGAUGGUUAGCCGAAGGAUACAUAAAGCGUGAGACUGAACGCACUUACCAGGAGUCUGCCGAUGAAAAGUUGGAGCAACUGAUGGACAGGAAUAUCAUUCGGCCGGUCGAUACAAGCAACCGUGGAGAAAAGAAGACAUGCAAACCUCACGGUAUCAUGCACCAGUUCAUGCUGUAUAAGUCCAUCUCUUCGAAUUUUGUUGCCCCAUCCCUUGAGAACCGAGGCAAUUUUCGUCACAUCAUGAUGGAUAACCAAAGAAAUAGAAGAGAAACCAACAUGGAUCAUGGUGCCGCCGGUCCAGCUGCACAUCGCCCCAACCAACCAAAAAACUUCUUUAGGUUCUUGAAACCAUCUAAGAGUACAGUAUCCAGUGAGGACCUGCGUCCCCGGUCUCUAACAGUCUUUGGAAGUGCAGAAGAAGCUGUUUAUUCGGAUUUGAUCAACUGUAAGCUGCUGAAAGUGUUGGAUCUAAAAGAGUGCAAUAAUUUGCGGGACAAACAUAUCAAGAACAUAUACAAGCUGUUGCAUCUCAAAUAUCUGACCCUCGGGAGCUCUGUUAGGAGACUUUCAGAUGAAAUAGGAAAUCUACAUUGUUUGGAGACACUCGACUUGAGGAAGACCAAGAUAGAAACACUACCUGUGGAAGUCAUCAGUCUGCCCCACCUAGCACACCUGUUCGGAAAGAUUAAGCUUAACAAGUUGAGUAGAAAGAAGCUUGACAAGUUACUGUCAGGAGAAUGCAACUUGGAGACUCUAUCAGGAGUUGUUGUGGAAAGGAACUCCCCAUUCCCUGAAUUGAUGGAACGUAUGAAAAAACUGACAAAGGUGAAGAUAUGGUGCGUGAUUACCAGCACAGAUGGGAAUUACACCAAACUCUCAGAUGCCAUUCGCAAGUUUGCUCAGGCUGGCAUGGAUACUUCACAAGACGCCCGUUCUCUAUCACUUCAUCUUAAUGGUUCUUCCAAAGAUCUAGUUCAGCUCAGCACGACAUCAAGACAGGCUGGGUCAGCUCCCCUGGUUUUUUAUCUUAGCUCACUGAAACUGCACGGCAGGCUGAGUCACUUCAAAGAGUUUGCUAAGGCCCUGUCUGGUCUCAGGGAAUUGUGCCUUACAUGUACUAAUCUGGAGGGGCCUGUUCUUCUAGCAUGUCUACGUGAGCUAUGGUGCCUGGUUUAUCUCAAACUGGUUGAAGACCGUCUUGAUGAUUUAGACAUAAACCUUGAUGGUGAUCUCGCAAGCCUGCAACGCCUAUGCAUUGUGGUGAAACAAUCCAAAUUCCCCACAAUUGCACAAGGAGCUUUGCCAGAGAUCUUCGUGAAGUCGCUCUGGACUCUGAGGUCAAUCAAGGAACCAUUGAACUCUGGGAAAAUAAAGCUAAGGAGCACCCUAAGAGGCCAAAGGUUCUGUUGCUCAAAAGGGUUGAGGCAGCCGACACCUGGUCUGCGGCGAAAUAUGUUGCCACUGAUCAGAGACCCUCCAUGCUUCUGGUGCAGGGGACGCCGUGAUCCCUUCUUCUGUAUGCCAAGUUUGAUUGCAGAAGAUGCUGAAGUGAAGAUUGCUAUGUGGUGCUACUUCUAA